UGCUCAAAUGACAAUAGAAACGUAAAUCUGCGAAAAACGCAUCUUACUGUCUUUGUUGUCAUGCUCACUGUUUCAGAAACCACUGCUUGCUUUGAUUUGCUUUGCUUUUAUUCUUCUCAUGUCACCAAACCCCCCCUUUUCAGUUUGGGAUUUUUUUUCUUCUUACUAAGAACUGACAGUCCAUUGUUUGCCUCUCAAUAUUUAUCCCCCUCCUUUUCUUCUUGAUUGCUUCCAAGUAAUCAGUUUUUGGUUUUUGCUUUUCUUUCUGUUAAAGAAUUCAUAAAGUUAGGUGUGGGUUUCCUUUAGAUUUGGUUCGUAUGGGAUGGGCAUGUGGGGGAUGCUUCGACCUCUCUCCUUUCUGCUGAAAAUCUUUGCCAUUGCUUCUUCUUCCCUGCUUCUUGCUUCUUCAGGUCACAGUUUACCCCCCUCUUCGGCUGCAAUUCCUGCUAUAUCUAAUGGAGCGCCUUCUGAAACAGUCUCACCUACUACUUCGUCUUCACCAAAUGGAAAAAGUGUGAACCCUCCUCUGUCUGCUUUGCUGCCUUUCAAGACAGACAUUUCACCUCAAACAAUGAGAGGUUCCGCCAUGUCUGUGCAACCAAGUGGUCCUACAAUAGUUCCACCUAAUGAUAUCAGUCCUCAGCCGAUGACUAGACAAGACAUUGUCCCAUCUCCUCCUCCAAUGAACUCUAAUGGCCUCGUCCAAGUCUCACCACUCAGUGGUCCUCAGAGUAUGCCGCCACGCAUCAAUUAUCCUGUGGUGGCACCAGAAUCUCCAGUAGAAGAUGGGUUUCCUUUAAAGAAAUCACCACCAAGCGCACCAGCUAUGCAGCCAAAUGUGCCACCAAAUCGCCAUGGAAGUGGAACCCCUGACACCCCUCUUCCUAUACCAAUUGCUCCAGCACCUGUGGAGCCCACUGUAAGGGAUUUGCCACCAACUAUGCCACCAGUUGUGAUAGGAUCGGUGCCACCAAGACCUGGUGAAAAGGAAUCACCAGAGAUUUCCCUUCCGAUGCCAGCCCCUAUAGAACCAGUUGAGCCACCGUCAGUAAUUCCACCAAUUAGGCAGCCAGUCGGUAUAGUAUCGUCACCACUACCAAUUUCUAAUCAGCAUAGACCACUUGACACCCCCAUAACCGUGCCGAUUGCUCCAGUUGCAGCAACCGCAGAGCCACCUUUAAGGGAACCUCUAAGUCCACCAACUUUGCAGCCAGUUGUGACGGGAUCCCUUCCACCAAAUCCAAAUGGAAAUAGAAUACCAUACAAUCCCGCUCCUGUUUCAAUCCCUCCCAUACCUGCUGAGGAACCUUUAAGAAGAUCUCUACCAGCUAUGCCACCAAUUGUGAAAGGGUCUAUACCACCAAGUCCUCAUGACAACAGAACGACUUACACUCCUCACUCUAUGCCUUUUGGUCCAGUACCAGCUCAGGAACCUUUAAGAAGAUAUCCAUCAGCUAUGCCGCCAGUUAUGGAAGGGUCUACACCACCAAGUACUCGUGAAAACAGAAUAACUAACGCUCCUCGCUCUAUGCCCAUUGCUCCAGUUAUGCAUGAUGCAUCAACUCCUCUACCAAGCAUCAACGGAGAAAGAGUAGCUGCGCCUAUAGCGGCUCCCCCUUAUAGAAUGUCUAAUCAUGACAUGAAUACACAUGCAUCCCCAUCAAAAGCUCCAUCUACUCACAAAAUCUCGAGGCACUCUCUCGUAAAGGAGAAUGUCACUGUUGCACCAUCAUCACAUUCAGUUCCUCCACCUUCUUCAAUUACACAAGGUCCUUUAAUUCCUCCUAUGAAUUCAUUUCACUCAAACUCAGAUCCAAAGUCUACCCUUAGACAUCAUAUUGCUCACCCACCAUUAAGUUCAGGGCCUCUUCCUUACAAUAAAAUAUCCCCAGCUUGGUCUUCAGCAACAAAUCCAAAGAUGUUGUUCCCACAUCCAUUUGUCUUUCCACCCCCACCACCUAACGAAGAUUGUUCAUUAUUGAUAUGCAUGGAACCGUUCACUGCUCCUCCACCUAAAUCUUCUUGUGUGUGUGCCUUACCGAUGCAAAUUGGACUGUCACUUAGUGUAGCAUUAUACACUUUCUUCCCUUUAGUUUCGAAGUUGGCUUAUGAAAUUGCCUCUGGAGUGUUUAUGGAUCCUAGUCAAGUUCGCAUAAUGGGAGCUAAUGCUGAUAUUCAUUAUCCAGAAAAGACUGUUGUCUUCAUCGAUUUGGUACCCCUGGGAGGACAGUUUGAUAACACAACGGCUUUCUUGACAUUUCAGAAUUUCUGGCACAAAAAUAUCUUCAUAAAUGCCUCAUUUUUUGGUGAUUAUGAUGUAUUGUAUGUGCGGUAUCCAGGUCUGCCUCCUUCUCCACCCUCUGCGCCUUCAAAUGUUGGAAUUAUAGGUAGUGACCCAUACUCAGGGGACAAUGGGAGGACUAUACAUCCUCUUGGUGUUGAUGUGAGUAGAAAACGACACAGAGGCAGCUCUAAUCGGAGCCUUAUUGGAGUGAUAGUGUUGUCAGCAUGUGCUGCACUUGUAUUGUGCUGUGUUGUUGCAUGGAUGCUACUAUUCAAGCAUAGAGAUAGGGUUUUACGAUCUGAACCUACCCCUCCAGCUACAGUUCUUUCUCUUCCAAAAUCAACAGGGAAUGCAGCCUCUGUUAUAGGCAGUCGGCCCAACUCUCCUUCGUUAUCCUUCAGUUUAAGCUUUGCAGCUUAUACCGGUUCAGCAAAAACGUUCAGUUUGUCCGAAAUCGAGAGAGUAACUGAUAACUUCAACGAAACAAGAGUAGUUGGAGAAGGUGGAUUUGGGCGUGUUUUCGGUGGUGCGCUUCAAGAUGGAACAAAAGUAGCAGUCAAGGUUCUUAAGAGGGAUGACCAUCAGGGAGGUCGUGAGUUCCUGGCAGAAGUUGAGAUGCUUAGUCGACUACACCAUAGAAAUGUGGUUCAGUUGAUUGGCAUCUGCCUAGAGGAGCGUGCACGUUGCUUGGUUUAUGAACUUGUUCCAAAUGGCAGUGUCGAGUCUCACCUUCAUGGAAUUGAUAAAGAAAGCGCUCCACUCGAUUGGAAUGCUCGAGUGAAGAUAGCACUUGGUGCUGCUCGAGGGCUGGCAUAUUUGCAUGAAGAUUCCAGUCCACGUGUCAUACACAGAGACUUCAAGUCUAGCAACAUCCUACUAGAACAUGACUUUACUCCCAAAGUGUCAGAUUUUGGUCUGGCCCGCGCUGCAUUUGAUGAAGAAAACAGACACGUUUCAACUCGUGUCAUGGGAACCUUUGGGUAUGUCGCUCCUGAGUAUGCAAUGACUGGGCAUCUUUUAGUGAAGAGUGAUGUAUACAGCUAUGGUGUUGUCCUUCUUGAGCUCCUAACAGGAAGAAAACCAGUGGACAUGUCACUUCCGCCUGGUCAAGAGAAUUUAGUAUCUUGGGCGAGACCCUUCCUCACGACUAAAGAAGGUCUGGAACUCAUUGUGGACGCGUCCUUGGGACCCGAUUUCCCUUUCCAUAGCAUCACUAAAGUGGCCGCCAUUGCUUCUAUGUGUGUGCAACCCGAGGUAUCCAAUAGACCGUUCAUGGGUGAGGUUGUUCAGGCUUUGAAGUUAGUGUGCAACGAGACGAAAGAUUUGGAAUCUCAAAAUUGUGAUCAAGAGAAUUUAGAGGCUAAUGUCGUGGAAGAUCAUGGAUCAUUGCAUCAUUUACCUGCUCACUCCCCUCGAUCUAACUCCGAUUGUGAGGUAGAUCUUGAGCGGGGACAUUCCAUGUCCGAUCUGUUAAGUCCAUCCAUGAGGUAUGAGAUUCACUCUGGAUCGGGUGACCUGAGAACGGGUAGGGCCCGAAGAUUAUGGAGGAAUAUGAGACGAUUAUCUGGUGGAAGUGUGAGUGAACACGGGUUCAUGUUCAUGUUAUGGCCUGCAUCUAACUGAUUUGACCUUUUUUUUUUGGGGGGGGGGUGGGUUACAGAGGGAAAAGGCUUUGCAGUUGCAGAAGCUAUUCACGUCGGCCAUUUUUUCGUGUGUAAAUUAAUGAUUUUUGUUGGGCACCACUUCAGAUUUUCCAAUGGAGUCCUUGAGGUGAGAUGAGAUCUUCUAUUCCAAAACAGUAUUCCAUCUGUUAUUCCAAUGGUUAGAUUGUUCUGAUCAAUUAGCUAGCCAGAGUGAAGUGUGAAGUAGAAUAUGUUACUAAUAGAUACAUAGUAUAUAAGUUAUGGCAAUUUAAUGGUUGUGAUAUCAGACGGAAUACAGUUUUGGAAUAGAAGCUCCCGUCCAUGUCAUGGUGUUGUAGAUUACGUCAUUUGAAAUGUACAUGAUGGCUUAUAUGCCAACCUGACUUUUUGUAUGUAGUAGAUUAUGGCUAUUCGUUGGAUUACUAGAAGUUCCAAUAAAUGUGUAACCCUUGCAUAUAGUAAACUGUAAAGCGGUAGAAUUGCAAGUGAGCUCCCCAGUUAACAUUAUACUUUUUCCAUCUCAUGCUAUAUCUCUUUUGCCUCA